GAAGCAAAUCAUCGGAAUCAAUGGAGGAAGAGAGAGAGACGUUGGUGAUCAUCAACAACCAGCCAAAUCCAAAGUCAAAGUCAAACUACURGAUCAUCGAUGCUCUUGAAUCAAAAAGCUUUUCAUGGAUCUUCAUUGAUCAAUCUAAUCCUUGGAAAACUGCUAUUUCUGGGUUGAUCUUCUUCAUCUUCACCAUCGCCGUUCCGAUCCUUGCUCAUAUCGUCUAUCAAUGCUCAACGUGUGAUCACAGCCACCGACGCCCCUUCGAUUUGAUCGUGCAGUUGUCACUGUCGAUUUGCUCCACCGCUUCGUUCGUCAGUUUAUCGUCGUUUGCUCGGAAAUACGGUCUCCGGCGAUUCCUGUUUCUUGAUAAGUUGUCUGAUGUUAGCGUUAAAGUCCGUGAUGGAUAUUCCGAGCAUCUUCAUAGAUCAAUGAAGCUACUGUGUGCAUUCAUCGUUCCUUGUUUUCUUGCCGAUAGUGCUUACAAGAUAUGGUGGUUCAGUUCCGGUGGAAACCAAAUACCUUACAUUUACAACAUCUACUUAAGCCACACCUUGGCUUGCAUUCUGCUUUUAUCUUCUUGGUUGUAUCGGACAUCAGUCUUCUUUCUUGUUUGUGUUCUCUUCAAACUCACAUGCUCUCUUCAAAUUCUUCGGUUAGAGGAUUUUGCUAAAGUGUUUGAGAAACAAGCAGAUGUGGGGUCCAUAUUGUUGGAACACCUUAAUGUCAGAAGGAAACUUCGUAUCAUAAGCCACAGAUUUCGUUCAUUUAUUUUGUCGACUUUGAUCCUGGUUACAGCAAGUCAAUUUGCUUCUUUGCUUGUUACAACUGAGACCGGCUCACUUGUCAAUAUUUCAACUGCUGGAGAGCUUGCGCUGUGCUCCGUGACACUUGUGAGUGGUCUAUUCAUAUGCCUACGCAGUGCUGCAAAGAUUACACACAAAGCACAAUCUGUUACAAGUUUGGCAGCUAAAUGGCAUACCUGUGCCACUGUCGACUCAUUUGACAACGUGGGUCUUAGUGAAGAAACUCCAACGGCUAACACGUCAAACAGCGUUAAUUACCAUUUCAAUGCCCAUGUGGAUUCAGAUAUGGACGAAGGAGAGGAAGACGACUUGGACAAUACAAAGAUGUUUCCAAUUUAUAGGGACACAAUCUCAUACCAGAAAAGACAAGCGUUAGUGACGUAUUUCGAGAACAACAGAGCUGGGAUCACUUUGUUUGGGUUCAUGCUGGACCGAACAUCACUGCACACGAUCUUUGCGAUUGAAAUGUCGCUCACACUUUGGUUGCUCAACAAAACAAUCGGUUUCUCAUGAACAAUCAAUCGAUCUCUAGACUGCAUACCAGGUUAGUUUUUUCAAGAAAAUGCUCAAGGGGUUCAAUAUUGCUAUUCUGUAUGCUUCCAAACAUGUAAUAUAGUCUUGAUAGAGAGAUCCAUGCGUAGCAUUCUGAUUGGCCAUUGUGUAGUUCUGCAAACCACCAUAACGCCACGUCAUACUUGCAUUAUCGCCACUUGGCAUCCUACUAUCGGUCAACUCAUAAAUCAAGUUCCCACUGUGUUCUCUGCUUGGCCAUCUGGACUUCAUUGCCACUUGGCAUUGCAUAACUGAUCGUGUGAUCUGAGGUGUCGAGAUUUCUCUUGGCGCCACUUGGCAUUGCGUAACUGGUCGUGUGAUCUGAGGUGUCGAGAUUUCUCUUAAACUAUUGUGAGGCAUAUGUAUCUAGUUGAUUGUUGUAUACUUGUUUUUUGCUUGUAGUUACUUGAAUGGAUGUAAACAAAUUCAGCUAUUAAUUUAUUUGGCUACCAACGUUUGGUUUGAGAGUAAAUAAGUAAUACAAUAGUAUUCGAAAA